AUGAUUCUGACAACACCUCUGCUGCUUCUCUUCUCUCUGACUGUCAGAGGAGUGAAGUCACUUUGUCAGACCUACGGAACCAAAGAGCUCGCCCAGUUCUCUAAAGAGGGAGACGUCAACAUCGGGGGGAUCUUCUCUUUCCAUCAGAACCCCGUUGAUGUCAAUCCACCCCUCAGCGUCAACCCAGGGAGUGUCCGCUGUGAAGGACUCGACCCCGGUGAGCUGCAGUACGCGUUCACCAUGAUGUUUGCUAUAGAGGAGAUCAACAACAGCUCAGAGCUUCUGCCAGGCGUGAGGCUGGGCUACAGGAUCUUUGACGCCUGCCCCAGCAUCCCCCUGUCAAUCAGAGCUUCCCUCAACCUAAUGAACAGAUAUGAAAGCGGAGCCAGCAGCUGCAGCCGGCUGUCCACGGUACACGCUGUCAUCGGGGAGACUACGUCCACCUCCACCAUCGGCAUCGCCCGCACGAUGGGACCUUUUCAUAUACCCGUGAUCAGCCACUCAGCCACAUGCGCCUGCCUGAGCAACAGGCACGACUACCCCUCUUUCUUCAGAACCAUACCGAGUGACCUUUACCAGAGCCGGGCGCUGGCUAAGCUGGUCAAGCACUUCGGCUGGACGUGGGUCGGGGCGAUCAGAACCAACAGUGACUAUGGCAACGAGGGCAUGGCCACCUUCCUGGACGCGGCCGAAAGAGAAGGCGUGUGCGUGGAGUACUCCGUCGCUAUUUACAGGACCGACCACAGAAAAUGGUUCCUAGAGGUCGUGGAUAUAAUAAAGAAAUCCACCUCCAAGGUCAUCGUGGCCUUCGCUGACGGCACCGACCUGGACAUCCUGAUUAAAGAGCUCCACGCUCAGAAGGUGACGGGCCUGCAGUGGGUCGGCAGUGAAGGCUGGAUCACGUACCGCUACAUUGCCUCGCCUGUUAACUACGCAGUGGUCCAGGGAGCUGUGGGAUUUGCGGCACUCAAUGCUCACAUCCCGGGACUGCAGGAGUUCCUGGUGGACAGCAAGCCCUCCACAGCGCCUGGAAACCAGGGACUGUUGGAGCUGUGGGAGAAGGUGUUCAGCUGCAGCUGGGGGUCACCUCCGGCAUGCACAGGCAGGGAGUCUCUCGGAGACACUAAGUCCCGCUUCACCGACAUAACAGAUGCCAGUCUGCUGAAUAACGUCUACAAGGCGACGUACGCCAUCGCACACGCGCUGCACAUGCUCUACACUUGUGAGAAUAACCUCGGGCCUUUUGAGAACAACUCAUGUGCGGAUAAGAAAAACGUUCAGCCGUGGCAGGUCCUGCAUUAUCUAACAAAGGUCAACUUCACCACAAAGAUCGGUGACGAGGUCUUCUUCGAUGAGCAGGGCGACCCGGUCGCCCGCUACGCUCUGGUGAACUGGCAGAUGGACCAGACAGGUUACAUUGUGUUCAAGACCAUUGGCUACUACGAUGCCUCCAAACCAGAAGGUCAACAGUUUGAGAUGAAGUCAGGAGUGGAGGCCAUCUGGGCAGGAAAUAAUCCAGAGGUUCCUCGGUCCAUCUGCAGCGAGCACUGCCUGCCAGGAACCCGCCGAGCGUUUGUUAAAGGGAAACCAGUCUGCUGCUUCGACUGCAUCCUUUGUGCCGAUGGAGAAUUCAGCAACACCACAAAUGCAGUGAAAUGUGACAAAUGUCUUCCUGAGUACAAAUCCAACCAGGAGAGGAACAACUGUGACGCCAAAGCUGUCGAGUUCCUCACCUUCAGAGAACUGAUGGGGAUUCUUUUGGUCAGCUUCUCUGUGUUCGGUGCCUGCCUCGCGAUGACCAUCGCGCUGGUCUUCUUCCGCUACAGGCAGACUCCUAUUAUCAGAGCCAACAACUCGGAGCUCAGCUUCCUGCUGCUGUUCUCCCUGACCCUGUGCUUCCUGUGCUCCCUGACCUUCAUCGGCCGGCCCACCGAGUGGUCCUGCAUGCUCCGUCACACCGCCUUCGGCAUCACCUUCGUCCUCUGCAUCUCCUGUGUUCUUGGGAAAACUGUUGUUGUGUUGAUGGCUUUUCGGGCGACACUGCCAGGAAGUUCUGUCAUGAAGUGGUUCGGUCCCUUCCAACAGAGACUCAGUGUCCUGAGUUUUACUCUGCUGCAGGUUAUAAUUUGCAUUCUGUGGCUAACCAUUAAUCCUCCGUAUCCCAUUAAGAACAUGACCCACUAUAAGGAGAGGAUCAUCCUGGAGUGUGCGCUCGGAUCUCCGGUGGGCUUCUGGGCCGUGCUGGGAUACAUCGGGCUGCUCGCUAUCCUCUGCUUCAUUCUCGCCUUCUUAGCCAGGAAGCUGCCGGACAAUUUCAACGAGGCCAAGUUCAUCACCUUCAGCAUGCUGAUAUUCUGCGCCGUCUGGAUCACCUUCAUCCCGGCGUACGUCAGCUCUCCAGGGAAGUUCACCGUGGCGGUGGAGAUUUUCGCCAUCCUGGCCUCCAGUUAUGGGAUGCUGUUUUGCAUUUUCCUGCCCAAGUGCUACGUCAUUUUGCUCAAACCGGAGAACAAUACCAGGAAACACUUGAUGGGGAAAUUCACCUCAAGAGCCCUCUAG